AUGUCUCCGCAGAGAAGGUUCAACACACCAGAUGCCCAGACGCUGACCCGGUUCUUUGAUGAUGCCGCAAGCGUGCUCGGGGAGGAGAAUGUUUCGCGCACUCCUGAACAUGGUGCCCUCAACGGUGUUCGGAACCAGGACUCAUACGGCGACCCCUUCUCGUUCUCUACGCUCCACCAACCAAGCGGCGCUGUUCGCCCGGGGGGUGUGGAAGAUGUCCAGAAACUCCUGAAGCUUGCGAACAGCCACAAAGUGCCCCUGUGGACUGUCUCAAGAGGGAAGAAUCUUGGGAUAGUCGAGAUUAACGAAGAAUACGGCUAUGCAAUCGUGGAGCCCGGCGUGUCCUUUUUCGAUCUAUAUGAAGAAAUCCAACGGCGCGGCCUGGGUCUCUGGCCCUCGGUCCCGGCGAUCGGAUGGGGAUCAGUGCUGGGAAAUACCAUGGAUCGUGGAUUCGGAUAUACGCCUAACGGAGAGCAUUCUCAGUCGCAGUGCGGAAUGGAGGUUGUGUUGCCGAAUGGGGAUUUGCUUCGUACGGGGAUGGGGGCAAUGACGGAUAAUAAGACGUUUGUGCUGUAUAAAGGUCAAAUCUCGGUGAGCCUUGGACUGAACUGGAGGUAUCGGGAUCAAAGAUUGCUAAUUGGAACAGGAGUCGUCACCAAAAUCGGCAUCCAUAUUACCCCAGCCCCAGAAGCUUACGCAACGGUCACGGUCAGUGUUCCGCAGGAAGAGAAUCUCAUCCCCUUGGUGGGCGUCCUCUCUGACCUCAUGCGGCGCUCUGUCAUCCUAAACUCGCCGUCCAUCGCCAAUAUCUUCCGCAUUGCGCUAUUCUCCCAAGCGCCGGAAGUGCAGGCCAAGCUGGCACAGCACACGAAGCCCAACUCCCACGUUCCGUACCCGGUUCUGGAGGAGAUCCGCAAGCAGCAAGGCUGGGGCUUCUGGAAGGCGUACUUCUCGCUUUAUGGAUCCGUGGAGAUGCUGCCCGCCCUGCUGAGCACCGUCCAGCGCUCAUUCAGCGUCAUCCCUGGCGUCCAGAUCCAGUGGCGAGAGUUCCCUGGCACUCCCGGACGCGCUAUCACCGCCGCUGAGAUUGGCAGCGAAGAAAUCCCUCACAUCGUGCAGAGCCCGGCGGCGGGCACAUCGACUACCUCACCCAUUCUUCCCCCCUCCGGCCGUGAGUUGUACAACUGGUACCUCACGGCAAAGCAGCACACCAUCGACGCCAACUUUGACUUUUUCGCGGAUUUCCAUGUUUACCCGCGCUAUGUGGUAGCCAUUGAAUUAGUUGUCUAUACCCUUGCUGAAGAACCGCGCGUCCACGAGCUGUACAAAACUCUGGCGCGAGAUGGAGUGAAGCAGGGAUAUAUCGUGUAUCGUACUCAUGUGAGUCAUAUGGAUAAUCUAGCAGGGAAAUUGGACUUCAAUGGCCAUGUCUUCUCGAAGGUUACUGGCGCGCUAAAGGACUUGUUCGAUCCGAGCGGCAUCCUUUCACCAGGAAAGUCAGGAAUAUGGAACAGUGAGAGGCAGUAUCUGGUACAGCAAAGAUUUGAUGAGAGAUGA